ACUUGAAGUGUUUGUAUGAAGUUUGUAAGAGGGUGUGUUUGUUUUGUGGUACAUACAUAGUGUGGAUUUUGUAAUCAACCCACGAAUUUCGUUGAAUAAGUUUGGUACAUUUAAAGUCAGUAAGCAAAAUGGCGACAGUUUCUAUAUCUACUUUUGGAAUGAGUCCUAAUGGAGAUAAGGAUUACUGUUGUUCGUCCUGUGAAAAUCGGUCCAUUGGGGUCAUCGCUGAAUUUUACUGUGAAACGUGUCUAGAAUUUUUAUGUGGAAAAUGUUUUGAAUUGCAUGAUCGGUUGUUUAAUACACAUUUGCUUCAUGCAAGGAAUACCUUGAGCAAGUGGCCAUUAUCGAAAAAAGUAGUGGAAUUUUUAUAUAAGUGUGAAGUGCACAACGACAGAAAUAUUGAAAAAUUCUGUGCUGUCCACGGUGAGCUGUGCUGCACGUUUGGUAGUUGCUUAAAUCACAGCCAUUGCACCGAAUUGAGGAAUGUUUCUGAGGCAAGUGAAACACAGCCGACGGACUUACAGUCAGCAAAGAUUCAGUCCCUUCUGGAACCACUGAAGUGUCUGAAGAACAGGCAGGAAGCAAAUAUGCAGUCAAUGCAGGGUACAUAUGUUGAAUAUGAGCGAUAUAUGAUAAAAGAGAUGCGUAAAAACAUAUAUUCUUUUAUAUCAAAUUGUGAGCACGAAACAAAUGGACAUGCGAAAGAAGAUCCGCGUAUUAAAGUGAACUCUAUUUUAACCGAUUUCGAUCAUUGUGCUGUGAAAGAAAUGAAAGACGAAGUUAUGAGCCUAAACAAUUCUAUAAGGAGUGCCAUUCAGUACUGCAUCUUGCUUCAGAAUGACUUGACACAACUCAAUGAAUAUAUGCAGAAAAUUAGGGACAAUAAGGAGCUCUGCGUUAUAGUCAAUAUAAAAUGUCAGCACAAAAUACAGCAGACAUUGGCAGUACUAGGACAGUCCGGACAGGUGUUCACUGUCAAGGUAAAGUCCAAACAUGAUGUUAUUAUAUCGAGUGAUUCAGACACAUGCCAUAUCACCUGCAUAUGUGUUCUCCCAGAUGGACAUGUCCUGGUUACAGACAAUAUUAAUAAGAAAGUCAAGCUGCUUAACAAGCAGUACCAGGUGAUUUGUCACUGGGAUGCAUUAACUACCCCAUGGUGCAUAUGUCAAAUCACGCCCAGUGUGGUUGUUGUUACUUUGGAUGAUGAUACCAUACAUGAGGUCCAGUUUCUCUCCGUCGAAACAGCCCAGCUUGUGCCAGUCAGAAAGUUUACAUUACUACAUGUAUGUAGAGGUAUAGCUCACAAUCAGGGAGACCUAUUUGUCACUGCAGAUACUAUACAAGUACACACUAAGUGGAAAACAGUUCAGCAAACUAUACGACGAUACAUCAGAUUUUUGGACAGUUACCCGGUGUGCUGUGAGUCCCACUGGGGACAAGUUGUACAUAACAAGCCGUGACCAUCAUAAGCUUCUCACGCUAAACAGAGAUGGAUCCAUCUUGGCCUCAUUCUCUACUGAGUCUGAACUAAAAUACCCACGUGGUAUUCAUGUGACCGCUUCAGGCCAGGUGUUGGUCUGUGGAGGUGUGUGUAACAAAGUCAUACAGGUGGACAGCGAAGGCACGAGGAAGCUGGCAAUACUUGCUACAGGGAAAGAUGGGGUAAGCAAUCCAUCCUCAGUCUGCUUCAACAGCAACAAUUCCUCAAUUAUUGUUGGGCAAUACAGAAACAACCGAAUCCUGGAAUUAAAUGUGCAACAGCUUACUAGUCAAAUAGGUAAUCAAGAUGAAGAUCAGAUGUGCAAAACACAACAUUAGAUGAAGUUUUACACUUUUUUUUAUUUAUUUUUCUCUUUAAAUUAAAUAGAACACGGCAGCUAUUCGUGUGCUUUUGCUGUUCUUGUUUUUUUUAGCUCAAUUUUGUGACAAAUAUUUAGUUCAUAUUUUAAGUAAGAAGUUAUGUAUAUAACGACGACAAUACGUAGUUUGGCAUUACAACAUAUUUGGUGUGUACUUUUAUAAUCGAACACAUGUAGUUAUGUGUACUUGUUUAUAUACAUUCUGAAAUACUUUUAACACGUUCAAUUGUUUCUCGGAAUAUAACAAAAAUAUAGUAUGUACAAGUUGGUCAGGAAGGAAAUUGGGGUCACGUUGUCAGUCGGUUGGUUUGUAUGACGGUUUUUCAGUCAAUUCGCAUUAAUUGUUGACGAUGCUGCGAAGCAGCUCGUCUAAGUUAUCAUACCAUGAAAGAAUUCUUCACAAUGGCGACCUAUGUAAAAGACCGAGCCAGUCCGAUUGAGAUAACUCGAUUUUUCUAAUCGGCAUACCUCGCUGAUUAUCAUCGAUAAUGGUAUAGGAAGCUCAGCUAUAAAUAGGACAGCAUAUUCUGGGAAAGAGAUUU